AUGUGUUUACGAAUAAUGAUCGGUGAUCCAUUAAAUGAUGAUCUUUUCACUCAAUCAAAUACUACCUUUUCAACCGUUUUACAUGGUACUUGUCCACCUCAACCAUUUUGUACUGCAGUCCUUAAACUUGCAUCAUUUAUGAUGCAAGCACUUGGUCAGGCAGCAUUUUCAUUAGAAUAUUUAUGCAGUAACGAAGGAAUUGGACCAAUAGCUGAACGAUUAGAAGUUAUAUUAUGUCAUCUGUUAAUUCCACUCUUUCUUCAAGCAGCAAUUGCCAAAAAUGAAAAGCCACAAUUUCAAACGAAAGAUUUAAUAUUUUGCUUAAAUUUGAUGCAAAAUGGUAUUAAUCCACCAUUAGCACGGCAAAGUGUCGCACCAUUAAUGAGCUCAAAUUUAGCAUCUACUUUAAUACGAGGAUCUAAUACUCAUGGUAAAAUGUUCUUUUACUAG